AUGUCACUUACACCGUUUAAAGAAAUUCAACCAGAAAAAUUACUUAUUCUUGAAGCUGGAAUAAAUAGACUUUGGUUUGAAAAAUACGGAAUCACUAAUCAAAUGACUCUUAAGCAAGGAUGUCAAUGGUACUAUAUAACUUGUUACCUACCACUUGAAACGCGAGCAUUAUGUUUUCCAGAUCACGAGAAUUUUUAUCAUUUCAUUGUGUAUCUUAAAGGAAGGUUUAAAAUUCCCAUAACAAAGUUAAAAUACAGAUCAAGAAAAGGAGAUAUAUGUCCUUUAAUAAAUGAUCAGGAUUGGGAAUAUGCAAAAACCUCUGCUAUAAAAACGGAAAAUUUUGUGAGAUUUGAUAUAUUUAUUGAAUAG